GUAAUUGAUAAAUGGUUGAUGUUAGCCAAAGAAAUUUUCAAUGUUCAUCCCGAUCAAUGCAUUGCUGUACAUUGUGUGGCUGGGCUCGGUAGAGCACCUGUUCUUGUUGCGUUAGCUCUCAUGGAGGCUGGAAUGAAGUACGAAGAUGCCGUCGACCUCAUUAGACGGCAUCGGCGUGGAGCGCUUAAUCAAAAGCAGCUAACAUUUCUAGAAAAAUAUAAGCCUACUGGACGACUAAGAAAAUUGCGAUGUAAAGUGGACGACGAUAAAAAUAACAAAACGUGCUCAUUGAUGUGA